UGAAGAUCAAAACAACCAACCCCCUUUUCUUUUCUUUUUUAAUUUCUAAAAACUCCCAGCUGGAUCGAUUCAAUCAAUUAUUCUUUUGACCAAGAAUCUAUGUUUGUUUAUUCCUAAAUGUUGGCAACAAAUAUAGGGAUUCAAUUUCAUAAAAAAGCAUUGAUAUAAAAUUCCCACAACCGGUUGGUUCUUGAAUUAACCAACCAGAGCUUUAUAAGAACCGAAAAUGGCCAAAAACUGCCACUCAGAGAAUCUCUGUGUACAUAUCUGAGAAAAUGUGAUGAAAUGAAGCAAACCCCAAAAACGGUGAAAGAGGAUUUUGUUUUAUUUUCUGAGAAGUAGCUUUCAUGGUGUAAACGAUUUCUGCCAGGGUCACUGUUUUUUUCUGGGUUUUUUUUUGGUUUCGACAUUCAAAUUCUAGGCUGUUAUUUCUUUGGAGAAGAUGUUGUGUGCUUGCUCAGGUGAACAAGUCAAGUUCGAAGACGCACCGCAGUCGCCGGAAUCACUGGCGACCAGAGAUUUCUCGGCCAGUGGACUCUCAUCUCGUACCGGAGACUGGGAAUCGAAACUUGACGAUGUUCAAGUGGAUGAAGCUGAAUCAACUCUCAAAGAAGCUCUUUCCUUAAACUAUGAGGAAGCAAGGGCAUUGUUGGGGAGGUUAGAGUAUCAAAGAGGAAACUUCGAUGCGGCGCUUCAGGUUUUUCAGGGCAUUGACAUCAAAGGUUUGAAACCAAGGAUGACUGGGGCUAUUGUUGAGAGGACCCGGCAACGAAAACUGCGGUCCAAAGGUGACAUUAUCCCUCCUAGUGUGAUGUCACUGCAUUCGGUCAGCCUACUUCUGGAAGCAAUUUUGUUGAAAGCAAAAUCAUUGGAUGAACUUGGACAUUUUAGAGACGCAGCGAAGGAGUGCAAUAUAAUUUUGGAUGUAGUUGAGGCAGCAUUCCCUAAUGGAAUGCAUGAGGGAAUUGCUGAAGACUGCAAGUUACAGGAGAUGUUUCACAAGGCAUUGGAGUUGCUCCCUAGACUAUGGAAAAAGGCGGGCUUUCUUGGUGAAGCCAUAACUGCGUAUCGUCGGGUGUUAGUCAAGCCAUGGAAUUUGGAUCCCCUGAGGGUAGCUAGUUUACAGAAAGACUUAGCUGCCAAUUUACUUUAUGGUGGUGUCGAAUCAAGCCUCCCCCCUCACUUACAGGUAUGGGGUUCAGCCAAUCCUAAUGGUAACAUGGAGGAAGCAAUUCUUCUCCUCCUAGUACUUAUGCAGAAAGUGGCCUAUGGAGAAAUAAAGUGGGAUUCAGAUAUUAUGGAUCAUCUGAUUUUUGCUCUUACCGUCACUGGGCAGUUUGAAUUGUUGGGAAGUUAUGUGGAGCAGGCCCUUCCCGGUAUAUAUGAAAGAGCGAAUAGGUGGUAUCUUCUUGCACUUUGUUAUGCUGCUGCUGGUCAGAAUGAGGUAGCAUUGAACUUAUUGAAGAAGGUUUCUGGCCAAUCAGAAGCAAAACACAAACCUCAUAUCCCAGCUUUACUAUUUGGGGCAAACUUAUCUUCUCAAGAUCCAAAGCAUGCUCAUUAUGGAAUUACUUUUGCUCGUAAUGUGAUCGAUUCAGCAGCAGAUGAUCAAGUGAAUGAACAUUUCAAGAGUCAAGCUCAUAAGUUCCUUGGUGUUUGCUACGGGAAUGCUGCUAGAAUUUCCAUAUCAGAUGCUGAAAGAUCUGUCUUUCAGAAAGAAUCUUUGGCCUCACUUAACUGCGCUGCUUUCAACAUGAAGGAAGAUCCUGAAUUGAUCUUUAACCUCAGUUUGGAAAAUGCAGUUCAGAGGAAUUUGGAUGUGGCCUUUGACAAUGCAAUGGUGUACUCUAACAUGGUGACUGAAGAUUCAGGUAGGGGCUGGAGGCUAUUGGCACUAAUACUUUCUGCAGACCGGCGGUUCAAAGACGCCGAAACCAUACUUGAAGUUGCUUUGGAUGAAGCUGGUAGUUUAGAUCAGUUAGAACUUCUCAGAUUAAGAGCUGUGCUUCAGAUUGCUCAGGAAAGACCCAAGCAAGCAAUUGAAACUUACCGAAUCUUGCUAUCUCUGAUUAAAACACAAAGAGAAUCUCGGUCAAAUAACUUCGAGAGUGCAAAGAGUUCUGAUUCUGAGGGUGUCAUGGAAAGAGUUCUUGAAUUGGCUGCCUGGCAGGAUCUAGCUACUGUUUAUACGAAAUUUGGUUCAUGGCUUGAUGCAGAAAUUUGUGUAAACAAGGCCAAGUCAAUUGAACUUUAUUCGCCCAAAAGUUGGCAUACAAGUGGCUUGUUGUUUGAAGCUCAAUCACUUCAUAAGGAGGCACUGGUAUCCUUCUCGAUUGCGUUGUCAAUAGAACCGGAUUACGUGCCAAGUAUUGUUUCAACCGCUGCAGUGCUUCUACAACUCGACAGUCAAUCGUCGCUUCCGAUUGCAAGAAGCUUUCUAAUGAAUGCGCUUCGGUUAGAUCCGACAAAUCACGAUGCUUGGAUGAACCUUGGGUUGAUUGCGAAAUUGGAAGGGUCAUUACAACAAGCAGCAGACUUUUUUCAAGCAGCCUAUGAGUUGAAGAUGUCAGCUCCUGUUGAAGCGUUUAAAUGAUGGUGGGAUUUGAUUAACUAGGCACUUUGUAGGCAUUUAUCUAGAAAUCACCUUUUUUAUUUUAUUUAAUCCCUCCAUUUAUCUAUCUAUAAAAGUCAAUUUUGCUGUAUCUAGUCAUUCCUAUAAUUCAACAUUGAUGUUCUAUUAAAAUGUACAGCAAUUCCUAAUUUGUAGAUUUCAUUUGUUUUUAUGGUAA